AUCAGCUCAACUCAUCUACAAAAGACUCAGAUCUUUGAAAACCCUUGAAAAUAAGCAAAUAUUAGAUAUCCUCAGUACUUUGGUCUUCAAAAUGAUCUCACCAAGCCGCCUUCUCCCUCUCUUCCUCCUAUCACCUACGCUCGCACUUACGCGUGGCUUCGUCGCAUACAAAGAAAAAGGGUGUAAUGAUCCCCUCGAUAUCUGGAGCGAUGGGGUGCAAAUUCCGAACAACACGCUCCUCAUAGACCACUCGAUUAGAGAGCAGGGUACCUACGCUGGUGGUCGUACUUACGAGAAUAUGACGUUCCCGGCCGCCCAUGCCACCGGCGACAUGGACCAAGAUGCGGGAGUCCAGUUCGUUUACUGGAAAAUAGAGCAGCCUGACCCGGGUUGCCAGUACAUGAUGAUGAAGGAAACACCUAGAGGAUGGCAGGUACUCAGCCAGAUGCCUGGCGACGAGAUGCUGAGAAUAGCCCAGGAGGGUUGCUACUAUACUGCACUUGCUCCGAACGACAACGUAAUCACUAGCUACUGCUGUGGUCGCGAUGAUUGCGCCGUUGCGGAAGUCGAGUACGAACACAAGGAAGCCCAGGAUACCACCAACGGCGGUGACCCCCCGACCUGUACUGUGAAGAAACUGUAUUCUUCUAGUCCUACUGUCGAGGAUGGCGAGCAGAUUGCUGUUACUAGGCCGCAGACCUGCGAGGCUCCUCCUGCCUGCACCCAUUCGAUUACCCAGAGCAGACAAAUUAGCACGGCGGUAUCGCACUUCCAAUCAUUCUCCUGGACUACCGAAGAAGGAAUCGAUGUCAGCUUCGAGGCUGGUAUUAACUUCAUCGAACAAUCCACGAUCAAAACGGGCCUAGCGCUUAACAUUGCGCAAAGCUGGAUGGAUGAGACCGGUACUACCCUUACGCAAACCAACAUCACCGCUGCUCAAGAAGCCGGAAGACAAGAAGUCGGUACUGUGGCUUUCUACUCGUUUACACCCCAAUAUGACUGCUGGAAGGGAGAUGUCAGCUGUGGUAAAGAUAACAGUGGGAACGAGAAGGUGCUCGAGAACAUCAGCUUCUGCCAGCCCCGAAUCUCGACUACCGGGGAUCCCGCUGGAGUUUUCAGAAUGGUGUACACUUCAGGGUGA